AUGGCAAUCUUCCCCGUCACACCAGACCAGAACACAAACGAAGAACCCGUUGACCGCACCCUUCCCGAUUACACCGGCCCCGAACUCAGUGAGAAGACCUUUGAGCUUCAAGUCGUCUCAGGAUCCGCGCCACCGCCGCCGGCACAGCAACAGCAACAGCAACAGACAGCCUCCGCCCCACGUUCGGUCCCGCGCUCUGUCCCUACCACCGGCUCCUAUCUCGUCCAGCCGCCCCCGUACUAUCCGGCAAACGGCAAGCCCACCAAAGGCUUUCACCCAUCUCCUUCAGUCCCCCAACCGAAGCCGCUCCGCCUCGUUCGCCUCUCGCGCAAACGAAAGCCGCCCGUUCUCUACGAGUCCUCAACAAGGACCUUCAUCCAGUCUCUGACGACCCUCACCUUCUCCCAACCCAAGACUCCGCGCUCUCCUCCGCCCUCCUACCACGACGACGCAGACCGCGGCAACGUUCAAGUCCAUCACCCGACGCUCCGCAAACGCCCAGCCCCAAACAUGGCCUCCGUCAACCCCACCAUGCCCAAGGUAUCCACCUCCUCGCCCCCCCUGCCCCCCUCCGGCCUCUUCCAAGCCGGCGCGGGCGGCGGAAGCCGUCCCGCGGCCUCCUCCAAGGAGGACCUCCUCGCUGACCUCCGCCGGCAGCUCGACGACUCGCGCGGUCGCCGCCGCCGCCGCUCGCGCAACAACAACAAGGCCCUCGCCGCCAAGGGGCAGGCCGGCCUCGAGGGCCCGGGCAUCCUGCCGCGCCUGGCCGAGACGAAGCCCGUCAGGCUGCAGCUGGGGCUGAACUUGGAUGUCGAGCUGGAGCUGAAGGCGAGGUUGCAGGGAGAUGUCAGCCUGACGCUUCUGUGA